UUUACACACACACACACACACACACACUCAUACACACUGUAGCUCGUAGUUAGCUUAGCCGGGUUAGCACCCGAGCAUAAUAUCUGUUAUUUUUUAAUAUAUUGCGUGUCGCUAAAUAUGAGCGAUAACGACAAGGGACGGGUAUGUAUUGCAUUAGUCUGGGCUCUUGUCGUGACGUUUUCAUGACUGUAGUGCUCGUAUGUGUCGUUAAUUGAAAUUGUAACGUCUGUAUUGUGUUUGCUAAUGUUGUUUAGCCUAGCUUAGGUUGCUACGUCAGCUCUCCAGUCGAGCGUUGUCAUUUAUUUAUUAAUAGGUAAACGUGCAAUUUGAGUAGUUAUUAAUAGUAACAAUAAUAAUUAGCUAGCUGGCUAACGCUAGCUGGUCGGUGGUAGCUAGGCCCCAGGCCCUGUCUGUAUGAAGGGGGCGUAGGUGCAAAGGGUCCAGACGAGAACUUUAACCAACCAACAAUAAAAACCAUCUCGUCAACAUUGUUUUAUUUUAAUUUUUAUUAAAUUAUUUUUUUUAUUUUUUAGCUACGUUGGCAAAAUGCCUGAUGAAAGCAGUCAGACUUGUUCAUCUUGAGUAUAAAUCUGUGCAAACACCAAAAGAAGCAUUUUGUUUAUGUCGACACAAAUCAAUAAGAAAUUAGUAUGUAAAGCUGUAUUCAUGUAAAAUGAAUACUUAAACUGGAUUUGGACACCGCGUGUAAUAAUAUCUCGACUGAAUUAUGUGAAGCUACGUUUGCUAAUAUUAACCUGAAUGUGUCUGUGGGUUUCUCUAGUGUUUUUGGGGCGAGGCUACAUGUGUCAAUCAAACGACAGACUUGAAUUAAAUAUUUUUAGUACAAAACGAACGGCCUCAAGAUUUCCUCAUUCAUUUGUAUUAAUAACUUCAGCCCUUGCAUGUCAAUAUGAAGACUAAGACUAAUCUUACUUUGCUUAAUGCCCCAGUCAGUGGAUUGUUUCUGCACCAUCUUUUACAUUUGAGGACAGCUUGCUUUGGUUAGGAAAACCUUUUUGCAUAUGCUGUAGACUUUGAAAUCUGGCCUGCAUCGCCUUGUACAUGCAUGCAAGAAUCAUAGGCCUGUAUAAGCAUGAUUUGCAAAAAGGGCGACUGUAAUCCAAUUGCAAGAGAUUAGUUUAUAACAGUGUCUGAGGAGAACCCUGCAACAGAAUCAUGUUUUCAUGGGGCAGUGCACAGCUGACUUAAUCUUUCAAACUUUUUAACCACCAGCCUCUUACAAGAUAAUCACUCCUUUUAAAAUAUGGGUUAUAAUUGCAUGUUAAUUAUCCCUGUUUUCACCUGUUUAUUUUGCAAUGCAAGGCCACAACAAUUAUGUUAUUCUGUGCUUGGCGUCGCUACAAUCUUAGAAUAAGUCCUCCAUGUUUCAGGUCUGUUUUCAGGAGGUCAAUACAAAUGAAUGGCAGUUGCAUCUUGAGGUCGUUUGAGCGAACUUUUAAGAUAUGUUUGGGGGGGAACAUGAAGGGGUUGUUGAUUGAAUUUCUUCCUGCAUAUAAAUUUUUCACAUUCAGUGUUCUGAUGUACGCUGUAUUGCCUUAAAGGUCACUUGACUGAAAUUCCGUCGACAGCAUCAGUAAGACAAUAUGUUUGUUGUAGAAGAAGUGCUGCUAUAAAAAUGAAAGGUAAUCAUGUAAGCAUUGCUCACACCAUCUUGUGAAUAUGUACAGUUUUCUGACACAGACAGCCUCGGGUGUCUGUCAUCGUAAAGUCAAAAUACAGCCAGGGUGGAAAAACAGAUGAACAUGUCUUCACGUGCUUACCUUUCCAUUUUUGCAGCUGUUUUCCAGACUAUCACACCUCCCUUUAUGCAUUGUUGCUCACCUCUUUGAUAUUUUACGCAACUCUAACCGAAAGUGACCAGUAGGACAUAACAAUGAACGCAGAACCGCUGAAAGUGAAAUAUUUAUAAAAGUGAACACUGACAAUUUGCAUAAUGUGGUCUGAAAAUGACCCUUUCAUGUCAUAAGAACGUAAUAACACUGACUUAAGUUGAAAGAGCGUGCAAUUGUAGUCAUAUACUCUUCAUCCUUUUCUUUUUCAUAAAGGUUAAGGUUGGACGAAGAAAAUACGGAAGAAGUCUCAUGUCCACUUUAUUUUCAAUAAUAUGAAGCUCAGAUGUGUGCAGCUGAAUUGUUGAAUGCAUGCUAAAACAUGAGGAGGGAAGAAGUGUGGGCAGUGUGUGAGAUGGGGGAAGUAAGAAGAAGUGAGAAGUAAGACAAUUGAAGAAAGAAGAAUAAUGUGAAGUAAUGAAGUUACAGAAAUGAAGUUAAGGAAGUAAUCUGGAUAAGGUCACUGCGCUAAGUAAACUUCUGGAGUCUCGCUCCGCAUCCAGGAGCGUGAGUCCGCGGGGUUCUGGGAAGUCAGCGAGCCGAUCCCCAGCUCGUUCGGCCCAUUCAAAAGAUGGCUCCCAGCGCUCGCACUCCAAAUCUCGGUCUCGAUCCAGGUCGAAAUCUGGGUGAGUGACGAGUUGUACAGUGGCGUGAAAGUCACGAGCCGGUAUGAAUGUCGGAGUAUUGUUUCUGUCUCUACAGGUCCCACUCCCACCGCGGCUCACGCAGGCACUACAGCCGAUCUCGCUCCCGCUCGCGGUCCUAUCAUCGCCGAUCUCGCAGCAGGUCCUACAGCGGGGAGCGUCGACGCAGAAGCCACAGUCGCUCACCCAUGUCCAAUCGCCGCAGGCACAUCGGCAACCGUGCUAAUCCAGAUCCCAACUGCUGCCUGGGAGUGUUUGGCUUGAGUUUGUACACCACAGAGAGAGAUCUGAGGGAAGUCUUCUCUAAAUACGGCCCCCUGGCGGACGUCUCUAUCGUGUAUGACCAGCAGUCGAGGCGCUCCAGGGGCUUUGCUUUUGUUUACUUUGAGAACACAGAUGAUGCUAAAGAGGCAAAGGAACGAGCCAAUGGCAUGGAGCUGGAUGGGCGCAGAAUUAGAGUUGACUUCUCCAUCACAAAAAGACCUCACACCCCAACCCCUGGCAUCUACAUGGGACGGCCUACGUACGGAGGAGGUGGUCCCAGUGGUCCUCGGCGCUAUUCGCGUGACUACGACCGUGGAUAUGAUCGCGGAUACGACAGAGGUGGCUACGAUCGCUAUGACGACAGGGACUACUACAGAUCGUACAGAAGGCGGUCUCCAUCACCGUACUACAGAGGAGCUUACAGGUCUCGGUCCAGAUCGCGCUCCUGUUCUCCCCGUCGAUAUUGACCCUUUCUGUCAAUCAAAAAAACCCUUUCCAUCCCAAACAGGAAGUGUUUCUGAGAGACAUGGUUGACCUCAGAGUAGAUCUUUCGUUCUUAAGGUGAUCGUCACACUUCAGUUCGCUCAUGUACACGACCAGUACGACUACAUGGACAUCAGUGGUGAAGCAGUCCUCUCAUGUUGUUAAUUUUAAAUGUAAAUGUAAAUGUUUUAUUAAUGUAUUAAUUUUUUUGUUGUAGACAAAUUGAGUGAAAAUUUGUCUGUAACGAGAUUAAAAGGGAGAUCCGUUUUUUUUUUCCACCUGGA